AUGCUCAUUUGUCAAAGAACCGCUCUUCUGCUCGUGGCGCUUCAAAGCCUUCCACGAGAAGUUCUGUCAGCGCCAAUCCAAAAGCACCCAUAUGAAAUGGAGCCAGCUUCAGCCGAAAAGGCCGGAUAUGGCGAACAAAAUAACUAUUUCGAGGACAAUAUUGGUCUGCUAGGACUCGACAGCGAGGCUGCACCCGGUGUUGGAGAUGUGGGAAUUCCUGCUUAUGAAUAUGACGGUGACAUCGCACAACUGUUCAAUGUCCAAGACGAACAGCUGAAAACACACAGCAUGAGGCCAAUUCCAGAAGGUGAUUCUGUUGGAAUGUCUACCACCGUGACCGUUGUUCUGAGUGAUGACGACAAAGACGCAUCUUCCGCGGCGUCUUCUGCAGUAGACACUUCAUCGCAAUCCAUAAACGCGAAACAUUCCAAAAAGUCCUCUCCUGAGUUCGUGAUUCCAGGUUAUGAUAACGUGUCUGUGAAUGUGAAUACUCCAAACGACAACAAAGGUAUGCAGUACGAACAAUGGAUGUCACCCACUGGUCAGGUGUUUUUCGUUCCCAGAAAUCAACAGCCUGAUAGACCAGUGUUUGGUGCUCCCAUGAACGGGUCCAUGAUCAAAGAGGCCAGGAUAUACGAAGAGCCCAAUACUGGGUCCAGGUUCACGAUUUUCACCUCCAAUCAAAAGAAUGGCAGUACUGUCGCCCUGGACUCAGAAACACCAGUUUACCAAGAGGUUGAUUUGACAAUGCAAGGAUUCCCACAUCUCUGGAGAAAGGUCAAGAUCCUAGAAGAUGAUUGCGAGGAGGAGGUUGACGCCGAAGAAAAAGAGUUUCCAUACGGAGCAUCAACAUUUGUAAUGGUUGGUCUUCGCAAGCAUAGUGUUGAUAAUUUCACCGAGGCAGAUACAGUUGAGGACGCACCUUCUGCUAUGGACGAGACCGGCGAGCCAUUGGUCCAAUCUUCUGGGCUCUUAUGGUGGAAGAAAAACGACGACGAUUGUGAGGAAGAACAACCAAACGAUCAUCCCUUUGGAACUGACCACUUUCUGUUCGUUGGUGCGGCUUCUGUCAACCAGACCAACACCACUCUUCCAACACAGUCAGAGAAGAGUGCAGGAACUGGUGAUGCUUCGCCUGCCACCACGCCAUCUGAGAUUGUUGAAGGAAUCCCCAUUCACGCCGAUACUCUAGACCACGGUUCAAGCCAAUCUGCUACAAAAGAUGAUAGUGCCUUCAAAUGGACAGAGCCAUCAGGCGCUGCUAGCGAUGGUUCUACCAAGUGGAGAGACCGUCCAGACCUGGGUUCCAUCUUCAGGAGCAGAUACUCAAAUGGAGCCUUCAAAGAGACCCCAUGGUCUCCUCUUGGUGCCAUUGUGGUAAUGACUUGUCUGGUUACACUUGUAUAG